CUAGCCCACUCAUCGGCUUCAGUUGCAGAGGAACACGGAAUUAUUACUGUAAGCUUCAGUUGUUUUGUGAAAGAUUUUGAAGUCAAAUACAAGUGAAUGGGCUGAAAGCACAGAUCGAUUGCCAAAUGUCAGAUUCGGGUAUGUGUAUCAAAGUUACAGUAGUUUUAUUUUAGCUACAAGUGUGUUUGAUUCAUUGAAUAUCGAUGAAUGCCGAUCAAAAUAGAGCACUAAAUCUAGUAUUGUCUGGCUUAUCUAAAAUCUUCACUAGAAAAGGUUUCGUAUCCUCUCGAGGGUAAAAUCGGCAGCAGGGUCCAGGAAAGAUUUUGAGGUGCACUAACCCAUCAGUUAUAUUUGUUUUAUAUUAGCGAUACAUCUGUUAGCUCUCUUAAGAGUUUGUUACUCAGUCACCGAGUCUAUUUCCCUCAUUUUCACCGCAUAGUGAAAAUAAAAGUGAUUAGGUUUGGUUAAAGAUGCCAAUUGAAUGUUGAGUGAUAUAUACACAACGGUGUUAGGUGGUUUUAUAGAGGUGUAUUACAGAAAGAUGGCACAGGUGCGACAAUAGAUAUAUAUAAUUAUAUCCUCAUAUAUUUUGUUUGAUUACGUCACAUGACAAAUAUCUAUAUAACUUCAGAAUAUUUAAAUGUAAAUUAAACCUAGUUAAAUUGGUAUUUGCGACUGGCAAAGCCCUAGUGCUCUAGAUUGAAGUAUUUUCUUCCGUUGAAAUUGUGCUUUGAUGUUCUCUUUGUGCUUAUAAUACCCGACACAUGUUUUACAUAUUUGAACGUGAUGGAUCAGAAUUAGCAUUAAAAUAUCCUAACUAAUGUCUAUAAUGCUAUCUUACAACAGAAGAUUAAUUUCACGAUCCUUUGUCCAAAUUGUUUGUGAUGAAAUAUUUGGUUUCACUUGAUUUAUUUAUUUAUUUCUAAAAGCGGUAUUUCUUUCUAAAGGUUUAAAAGUAAAACCCCGCAGAACCUAUAAAUACAUAUUGAAUACAUACGCUUUUCAUAUCAUAAAACAGCCAGCUUUUUACCCGUGCCAAAUACUCAACUCAAGUGCAGUUUUCAUUUCACGAUCAGCUGAACAUGAACGCGACAACGACGCUUUUCAAAAUUUCUACUCAAAAUUCAUUAUUUCUUUUUUUGGCGAUUUCGCAAACAGGAAGAUUUCAAUCAGAAACGGAACUCAUAUCUUAAAUUCUCAAUGGCCAAUGACCAUUUCCGAAACUGUUCAAUAUAACAUUCAACAAAGACGCCUUGAGGUUAUUUCUAGUUGCCGUAUUGAGAGUUACAUGAUAUGCAACUGUAUUCAUAAGGUUUUUCUCACGAUGACUUAGGGGCUGUUUAUAUGAGCCCGGCUAGCCGCGAUAAAUCGUGUCACGAAACUGUUUUCCCGACCAUGAAAAAUAGUUUCAAUGCCGAACUUUAUACUGUUACUGGAACCAAACCUGAGCAAUUCAACUUUGAAAUUUUAUUCUGGACGCUUAUCAAAGCUUACUCUCCCUCGCAGACGUUCUUAAAGCUCCAACCCUCGCUAGGGAGAGUUGCCCCUAAUACCAUUGCUUAGGUCUAAUUCAAAUAUGGAUCUUUUCAUGUGCCAAAUACUUUUAAUCACUGUAAAAAUAAUUCAACUCCAUUGGAAUUGUAAAGGCACACUGACGUUUGUUGCGCCUUCUUCCUCAUUCUAAUAAAGACUUAAUAAUAAUAGUAAUAAUAAACAUCAUACUAGUUUGGCUGAAACAAUGAGUUUAGGUCAUUUGCAUUAAGACUAUAAAGUUCAGCAGAAUGCUUCGUGCUAAAGUUCAGCAGAAUGCUACGUGGAGUUGUUCAUAUGGAACUGGGCUGUGCCAGUUAAUUGGAAUGAUUCGUUUAAUAAGGCUUUUAUCACAGCUUUCAGAAACAUCCAAAAUGACAAAGUUGAAUUAUUUAGCUUGUAGUUUGAUUCCAGCAACAAUUAUAUAAAAGGUUCAUUCAAGGUCACAAGGAUAUAAAUUUUCUACAGUGUCAGAAUAAAUAUGAGGCUAUGAUUUUUUAAACCAUUUGCUGUUGUGAGAUACAGUGUUUGUGUCUUAAUUAAUUUCUUUGUGGUCUACCUUCAUUUUUUUUCUCCGGUAAUUCGGACACAAAUUUUGACCCCGAGACCUUGAGAUAUCAGUUUAAGAUGUUUUAUGACCAGUAGCAUGGUAUGAAUGAUCUACUGGUAACUGUGCUAUAAAGUUAGUUGUCUUAGUAAUGUAGUAUACAGGGUGGUGUAUAAAAAAAAACGCAACCUCGGAAUUUCCCAAGAAUCAACAUUGUUUUAAAGACAAAAGAUUUUAGGCUACUGGGAAUUUAAAAUAGCACAACUGUCAAAAUUACUGCACACACGUGAGUGCAUAAAGCAAAAUUUAUGCAUUUAUUUAAUGCACAACAACAGUAAUAUGAUGCUUAAGAAUUACAAAGUGAUUUCUUAAGCCCGCCGCACACCAGAGCAACUUGCUGAGCUAACCGCCUCGCGAGGCAGCUAGCUCAGCUAUGUAUUUUCACCGCACACGUUGAGAAAACUACUCAACAACAACAUAAUUGACAAAAUCAUUUGCAUUUUCCUCCAUUUUGUUCCUAGUCACAUGAAGAAACUAUGAUUUGUCAUUGGCUAAUUGAUUCAAACAGCUCAGCACUUAGCUCACAAUAGCCGCAGACGCUGAGAUUUUUUCCUCGCGAGGCGAAAAAUAUCAAGCACGAUAGAUAUUUUCCUCAAGGCCUCGAGAGGUCAAAUCCUCACGAAAACUAUCCGCACACGAGAGCAACCUGUUGAGCUAGCUGCCUCGCGAGGCGGUUAGCUCAGCAAGUUGCUUCGUGUGCGGCGGGCUUUAGGAAAUUCCGCGAGGUUGCGUUUUUUUUUUAUACACCCUGUACAAACACUUCGAAAAAGUAUUCGAGAAAAAUUUCAUGCUGGUUGUGUUUGAGAAUGGUAUAAACAAUUCUCACACUCCCUAGAGUGACUCUGCUGGAUCAGCUUAAUAUUGAAAAUUUUGUGUGUGUUGGUGUUAUAUGUACUCAGGUGAAUAUGAUGUUUGUGAUGUUACUCUGAGUGUGCACCCACACCGGGCAAGCUGAAAAGUUAGCUUGGCCACGGUGGGAAUCGAACCCGCAACCUUUGGGAUACUAGUUCAAUGCUCUGUCAACUGAGCUACGUGGUCAAGUCGGUUCGAGUUGAUGAUAUUUCGGAACUGAGUCUAGUUCCUUCAAUAUCAGUGUAUUCUAAGAUAUGAUUAUUUCAUGUGUGUUGGUGUUAUGUACUCAGGUGAUUAGGGACCUUAAGCAAACAGGACGGCGACGCCGGCUAUUCACACAAUGGUAUUCCUGAUCUCGUACAAAAGAAAUGAAUAAUUAAAUACCCCACGGGAGUUAGAGACGUUGUGUUAGGGCUUUUUAUAACGGCAAAACAGAGAUUUUCACGUCUCGUGUACAACGCAAACAUGUCAAGACCCGACAAGUGAAACUACAAAUUUGCUGAGCAGAAGCGUUUUUAACCAUAAAGCCUUUGUUUUAAUCUCUUCAAAUUGAACUCAAUUCAUAUAUACAUGCAUACAGUGGAUAAUACAUAACAACUCUUCUUCACAAUCAUUUAUUUGAAGAAGUUUGUUUUGGCUGUCAUCGUCGCGUUGCCGUCGUAUAUGUGCAGCUUAAGGUCCCUAAUAUGAUGUUUGAGAUGUUACUCUGAGUGUUAGAAUGUUAGGGUUUGUAAUCCAAGUGAGAAUAGAUACAUUUUAAGACCUAACCAGGUACAACUGCGAAAAAUGCAGCACAAGGUCCUCUGGUAGGUAGGAAUUAUUGAAGUCUACUCUGAGUGUGCAUAUACACGGGAUGCACGCUCAUGCAGAGUAACAUCAAAAACAUAAUAUUGAAAAGUUAUUUCUCAGGUAGUUGAGACAAAAACCACAGCAGCUUAUUUUUCAUUACUUAUAUAUUCCCAGGUGAUGACGCUGCUACAGAAUGGUAUGAAGAACCAAUCACAAUCGUGGGAUUUGUUGCAGGAUUUCUACUCCUCAUGUUAGUCAUAGCCAGUGUUCUUAUACUUUGUUACUCCAAGGAAGAGGAUGAUGAGGACACUGAGGAACAUAGCGCUACCUCUAGGGACAAUCAUGGUCUAGAUGGGACAACAUACGAACAUGAUAAAACAAAUCCACUAUACGUUUCAGCCAAUCAGUUUGACCUUCGGCCAUUCCCGACGCCACUUCGAGCCAAGUUCGUGCAUAUUCACCUCGAUGAACCCCGAGGGACCAGAGAAGGUUUUGAAUCGUAUUAUAAUACAGCUCGCCGCACCUCAGAUGCAUGAUGUCAAAGAAUUAUCAUCAGUUCACUGAAUAUAACUUUCAUUGUUAAAACAUUUUUGUACAGCAUAUUGUUGGGUUUUACUAAGUGUGACAGUGAAUCGCAUGCUGGUCAACUAGGAAAACAGUUAUCAUAAAUUAUUCACUUUCUGCAUUGACUUAUGUUUGAUGAGUGUGGCAAUCGAUACACCAGGCGGAAAUAUUAGUUUAAAGAUAAAGAGCAGAGCCCAGCAAAUAACUUUAAAGCCAAACAUAAUAAAAGUAAAAAAUUUAUUAGCUAACGUUUCGUUGUUUACAAUACAACAUCUUCAGAGCAAUCUAAAUGAAUUUACAGGGUAUGGUAUAUAUAUUUACAAAAUAAUGGUUUAAUAUUACAGAAACGGUUACAUAGUUUGAAAGAACAAGUUACUGAUAAGUUAAGAACAAGUUAUUGAUAAGUUGUUUUCCUUUCUUUCUAUUCAUUUGUUCUUUCAAACUAUGUAAACGUUUCUGUAAUAUUAAACCAUUAUUUUGUAAAUAUAUAUACCAUACCCUGUAAAUUCAUUUAGAUUGCUCUGAAGAUGUUGUAUUGUAAACAAUGAAACGUUAGCUAAUAAAUUUUUUACGUUUAUUACGUUUGGCUUUAAAGUUGUUUGAUGAGUGUAUAAAAAAAAGCUAAUCCAAAUUUAGUGUGCCCUCAAUAUUAAAUGCACAGAUUCAAUUUUUCCAUAUUAAUAAAAAUUAGGGUUUAGCUUUUGAAUGGCACCUUUCUCGUAUCAUUCCAAAAACAAUUCGCCUUUCACACGCCGCCAUUUUUGGGUGGCUUUUCAGCCGAAGUCUGCGAGAUAAGUCCACAUAACAGCGACUUUUCAUAAUUUUUUGGACGAAUGAUGGUAAAUUUGCUUUGUAAAUGGUUAGUUUAUUUUGAAAAAUUGCUUCUCACUUUGUUUUAAUUGUCUGCAUUGGUUAACGAGAAUUAGAUGCCACCCAAAAAUGGCGGAUAUUCGUCAUCGUGAGAAAGGCUAAUUGACCAAAAAAGAGCCGAUUAAAAAUUUCCGUCCAAAAUCUCGUUUUGCCACUUUGUGCAUAAUUAAGCAGUACAUAUCAAAAGAAAAGCAAUUAAUUAACAUUUAUCAACAACUAUAUAAGUUUAUCCAAUAUGCCAUUAAUUUAGAGCUUUUGAAAUUAAAAUUCAUGAAUUUUAGAUCCAAAUGGGAUUUACCCUGUAUAAUGGAUAUUUCGCAUAAUUUGCGCAUUUCCAUAAGAGUAAAACACAUUUGAUCAUCACGGUAUAUAAUGCUUAAUGAAUUAACAGCCAACAUGAGUUAAAGUAGUCAUAGAGCGAUUGCUUGAAUUUGUAGUGUUUGCAGAAAUCCGAAGAUUUUACAUAUUCAAUACAAAGGGAAAAUAGCUUUCCUACAAAGAUUUAUAAACAUAUAUAUUGUAGAGAAAUUUGUACAAACUCUUGUUUACGAAUACGUAGAAAUUGAUAUAUUUAUACAUGAUUUAAUGUCACUAUUCAAAUGUGUAAAAUAGUUCCUUUGAAAUACAAAAAAAUGUUGUGUGAAACUAUGUCUCUUAGGGCACUUUCCAUUGACACGCACAGACCGGUCAGAACGGUCAAAUUUUUUAUUGGAACACAAAACACUUGGCCGUCUUGGGCUUCGGACCUAUCAGACCGGAAAAUUUAGAUAAUAGAGAGGUUAAGAUACCCCGGUUUCGGUUUACGGGUACGAGUAUCGCCAUUUUGUUUACCAAUUUUUGCUGAUGUCAGCAAUUUUACCCGUAAUUUCUACCCGUUUCCCCACGGUAAACCAUGGUCUACACGUAAACGACAAACGGGUACGGGUGUUUUCUGUUUACUAUUUUUGGGCUGUUUAAAUAGUACAAAUUUUCAACAUCUUACCCAAAUAAAUAAUGCACAUAUGCUGGUCAAAGUUUUCAACAAUUUAUGGCGAACCUCAACAGCGGAAGUUGCCAUUCUCUGAUCGGUUUUCUCACGCCGGAGUAUCUUGGAUCUCUUAAGUCACAAGUUAUUCCUCGAGUUACGGGUACGUGUAGAUCACCCGUACCCGUAAACCGGAAUCGGGGUAUCUUAACCUCUCUAACAUUAGAAUGAGGUCCGUUUUCGCUAGAUAUUUGAGAAACAUAGACCAGAUCUUUCCAUUGAUACAGAGAAAAGAAUUUGAGUCUGGCCGGUCAGGCCAUUAAAUGGAAAGCGCCCUUAGUGUCUAACUUUUUGAGUGAAUCAUCAUUUAAAAUAUUGUCAUAUUUAUGUUGACAUUGAUCUCAGUUGUCAAUCAGUUGUCCUCCUGUUUUUUGUCUCGCCCUAAUCUAAAAUUACGUAUUUUUCUAAACCCAACAAAACCACUCCCUUCCCCCCCGGCGUUAUCUUGCUUUCCACCAGCACCCUCCUGACAUUCCACUUCACUCUUCCCUUUUCCUUUUCGAAAUUUCCAUUCUGUAAACUUCCCCAAACGACCAGACUUCUUACCAUCAGUAUCAUCGCCCCCUGGAGUUUUGGUUUUCUUAGGCUCCUUGACUGCAGUUUCCUCGUCAACCGGGGGGUCACGGCGUCUUGGUCGCCAAUUUUUAAAACCAAUCUUCCAUCUUCCGUCUGUGGUAUCAUCCUUAUCCCGACCCGCCUGGAUGGGUCUAUCCGCUUCCGGUUUAGAUUGAUCAACUUCCGUUUUAUUCAAUCCUUGGCAAGCUUCUAUGUCUGUGAUUUGCUCCUCAGAUUCCUCGCCUUGACAUUUAAAAAACCUUGACAAUCUUAGCACAAAAUAUCCAAAAAUACUGCCACCAAUGAGACCUAACAUUAUCUUUAACCUGUCGGGGUAUGUCCUUCCACUAUCAACAAAGAAAUAAUAAAAUACAGCCAUUAUAAUAUCUUCGAUAACGUGUAGUAUGGGUUGAAUAAAUGUACGAGAUGUCCAUUUUAACCUCUCAGCGUCGCUUUCUUUAUCCGUGCCCAAGGGGGUGUAGGAUAACCACGACAGACAAACAUAACCAAACGCUCUGACUCGAUGUGAACGCUGGAUGACACAAGUCAAUAUCAUAUGUAAUACAAUAACUAACACGACCCAAGGACCCAGAGCUACAGCAAAUAAUGAAUACGCGAACACUCUUGCAGAUACACUGACCAAGCCACCAAAACAUAGUUUAAAUGUACAGUCGUCAUUAAUGUUCGCAUAACACCAUCCAAUACGGAGAUAUGUAAUACUUAGAGAUACAAUUUGUAUUACACUAACUUCAUGGCUUUGUAUCAUUGCGGCGUAGAACUGUAAUAUAAACUGCGGAGCUAGUUCAAUGCCGACCUCUAGGCAGUUAAAAACUUCAAUAUAUAACUGAUGGUCUUCGUGUUCCUUUGUAGUGAAAGCUACAUACAGUCUCCCACAGCAAGGAAUGAAAGGACAACAUACUGCAGCCACACAACAGCGGAGUUUUGACGCCAAUUUUCCCGAUGUGCUGUUCUCAUUAGAAGGCAGAAUAAACACCCAGAAUAUGAGAUAGAUGAUACUUGGAAGGAUAAUAAACACCAAGCAUAACACAAACCAUAAAAUCUCUCCAGCUUCAAAAUACUUCCAGCAUGUUAAGCCGUCGGUGAGUGGAUCAGCGAACGACAGCAAAGCCCCGAUGAAGAACAGAAACUUCAGACAUAUAGCAGCGAUCAUUUUGACAGCGCUGUGGUUUUAGGCUUUUGACAAAGGAAUGUGAGAUUUAAAAUCCAAUAUAUUUGAGUGGGUUGGCCACAAACAUGACCUUUUCUAGAAGUAUGUUUGUUGGGUCGGUCAAGAGCCAAAGUCACAGGUUUAUUUAUGAUGCAGUGUAUAUAUUAAUUAAAGUUGUAUUCAGCUCUAACAUAUGGACAAUAUUUGGUAUCGACUAUUGUAAGCAUGUGUUAACAGCGGGGAAUAAUUUUGCAUAUCACCCAGCCAUCAAGUCGACUUUUUAAUAUUCAAACACUUGCUAUACGAAUUUUUUAUUUCUGCAGUCUAGAAUUUAAAUAUUUAAACAGUCCCGUGGUUUUCACAUCCAAAUACAGUGUUCUCUUACUAAGCUUAUUGUCUUAAAAUGACACACCCGGUUUUGUUAGUUCCGGCAUCUUUAAAGUGCCUAUGACACGAAAUCUCACCCCAAAGGUUUAUAGUUGCAUUGUAAAGAUCACUUAAAAUGACUUAGGCCUGUUCAUAUGGGCAGAAGUUAUCGCGGUUAGCGAGAAAACUUUUCGACAAGUUUACGAGCGAGAUCUCGCCUUGUUACGAAAAUAAUAUGAAAAGUUACAUUGCGUUCAUAUGAGACGAAAAGUUUUCCCGUGUACCGAGAUCUCGCUUGUUGACAGGCGAGAUCUCGGUGACCGGGAUAAUGUUUUCCCCAUAUGAACACAACUUUCCCGCUUAGCGGGAUAACUUUUUGUCGUCUCAGCAACUUUUCAAUUCAAUUGAUGUCCAGUGCUACGUCACAGCCGGAAACUUUUCCCGGUAAGUGGGAUAAUAUUUCUCCAUAUGAACAGAACAAAAAUAUUUGGCUAGUCGAAAAGUUCUCUCGUUAACCGGGAUAACUUUUGCCCAUAUGAACAGGCCCUUAAUAAUUUCUUUGAUAGAAUUUUCAUAACUUGCUCCAUUUUCAAGAUAUUCAACUUUGUUUCAUAUGCAUGCAAAUAUCACCGGUGUGACAUCACAUCGCAUAAUGAGUUUUCAGAAAAGUAAUAGUUUUCUUGACGAAUACGUAUCUAAAAAACAUUGCCUUUGUAUAUGUAUUAAUUUCAUAACUGGUAACUAACCCUCUGUAUUUGUUUGUAAAAAUAUUUUAUCAAGGUAAAAUAUUGCGUUUUCAAAAUGUCAUUAUGCGAUGUGAUGGCACACCGGCGAUAUUUGCGUAUCAAACAAAGUUGAAUAUCUUGCAAAGGAAGCAAGUUACCAAAAUUCUAUAAAAGAAAUUAUUAUUAAGUAAUUUUAAGUGAUCUUUACAAUGCAGUCAUAAACAUUUUGGGUGAAAUUUCGUGUCAUAGGCACUUUAAAUCGGUUAGGUAUGUUUAUAGGUCAAGUACAGCAAGCUUUCAUGUUAGCUCCUAUCCUACUACUUUUCCACUUUCCUAUUGAAAGUGGUUGUUAAAAUAAGGUUAUAAAAAUAAAGUUAGAAAUUGAUUCAAACCGUCCCAUGAUUCACAGCGCACGAUCCCAUCUCCAUAUUGUGCCAUCGUCACAGACGCAUAUCAAGACACU